AGGGGAAAAGAUAGAAAUUUUGGUAAAUUUUUUUUUCAAGGCUGUGUUUUCCAUUGUAAUUACGAGCUUAGCUCACAGAUUUUCUUAAUUAGUGUAUACAAAAAUCCUUCCUUGGAACCCUAGCAUGAGAAGUGAUAGCUACAAUUAGAGGAUUCAGCUGGAAAAGCUCCCACUUUUAAGGUAAUUCUUGCAAUAGAUUGUGAUUUCUUAAUUUAUUUCAUGAAAUGGCAUUAAGAUGAUUAAAGUUAGUUUUGAAUGGUAGCUUCUGGGCAAAAUUUGGUAUCCAUUGAAAGAUCUUGAUGAGAACUGCGUGGCCCCGGAUUAAUUAGUGAUUGAAAGUUAUAGCUAUGGAAAGCUUUAUCCUGGACAUGUUAAGUUUGGAAAGUUUGAGAGCUGACUUUAUGCACAGUACUUUUUAUUAAAGUUGUUUCUAAACUUAGUUUUCCAACUAAAAGGGGUGUAAUUUUGAUCACUACUAAUUUUAUCUCUCAAUUCAGAUAUUGGAGCUAAAGGCUUUGAGGGAAGCUGAUUUAGAUAUUAGUAGUACAGUUUGGUGUAGUGUUUGGAACCAAUUUAUAUUUGUUUGUUGGAGAAUUAUGAUUCUUCAUAAUAAUGAGUUGGAUUUAUUACUAGGUUAAAUUUUGUAGCCUUGCAUAUCUGUGAACUUUCUUUGCAGAUAUGUGUAAUCUUUUUCAUCUUGUGGGAUGGGCGUAAUGAUUCCCUGAUGGAGCUUUUAUAUGAGGAACUUCCUAAUAUUUGAGCAUGAUAAGUCUUUCAAGUUCAAAUGUUAGGACUAGUUGGGAGAAGGCUUUACAAAAGGAGUAAAGCCUAUAUGUGUUGUGUGACUUACAAGUGGACAAUGACUUCAGUAAUAUGUCAUUUCCCUCCUAGUUCACACAGAAAACAAUGGUAUCAAAAACCCAUCCACUAUCGGUUUUUGGCCAUGUCUCCAUCUAUGGCAUGAUUCUUGUCUAGGGGACAGAGAAUGGAAGAUGAGAAGAAAGGAUUACACUCAACUUACACAAAAUAUCAAAUGGUACUGGAGGAAAGUUUAUCAAGAAUUUUGUAAGAUCUUCAUACUUCAAGCAACAAGGUAUUAUAUCGUUCUAUUUUUAGCUCAUUAUUUGUAAUUUCAUUCAUAUAUAGUUCAUGAUGAGUCACAUGAGUAGGAGGCAAGGCUUAGCAGUACGCCAAAAGCAUUUCCUUCCUACUAUUGAAGUCCUAAUCACAAUUAGGCUGUGUUGGUUAUGCUGGUUUUAAUUGUGGUUGGAAAAGAAGUGAAAGGUGAUGGUGGUGGAGUAGAAAAGGAGGUACAGGGCGAAAUUGAAGAUUGGAAGUCAAAAUUAAGGAACCAUGAGUAUGUAUGAAUGUAUGAAGAGACCAAUGUCUUAAGCCUUUGUGUGUGUGUGUGUGUGUAUGUGUGGAUGCAAUCCACAGCGAUAAAUUAGUGAAGACUCGCAGAGAAUAGCUAUCGAUCUUGUGCAAAGCAGUUUUAUCCUUUCCAAAUUUUGUGAAUUUUUGAAUAAAAAUGAGUUUUAACUGUAAUUCUUUUUCCUUUUAGAUUCUCGAGAAAUGGCACCAGCCAAAGCAAAGUUGUGUGAGAUAUGUGUUGCAAACAAGUGGAUGUUACCAUCAUAUGAAUGCUCUAAAGAAGAAGGACCUUCUCACAGGAAAAUAUUUACCUUCAAGGUUGUUGUUGAGAUACAAGGAGACUUCAAUACAACUCUGGAGUGCUUUAGUUCUCCUCAAUCAACAAAGAAAAAUGCAGCAGAGAAUGCAGCUGAGGGCGCAUUAUGGUACCUGGGGCAAAUGGGCUAUUUUCCCAAGAACAAGUGAAAAAAUUAUGUUGACUCUUCAUAUAAAAGAAGAAUCUUGAAUUCUUUGAUGUUUCUUUUGUUUUAACCAGCAGAGCACCUAAUACCUGUCACCUGGGAUAAAAGAACUAAUCUUUUCGCCCAAUGCUAAGAUGAUCUUGUACAAUAAAAAGUACUUUAACAG